CAAACCAGCUCUGGGCGGCUUUGGGUAGGUUGUAGUUCUGCGGGCUGCAGAGCGCAGACUUCGGGCGGACGCAGCUGAGGUGACUGUUGCUUCUCCCUGAGAACUUCGGGUUCUCCUCCUGUCUUCAGUCGUUUGUGUCCAGAGCCGGACUUUGAAUUUGCCCCCAAAGGGAGCAUAAACCAGGGACUUUGAUAUCAUGCAGCAGAAGACCAAAUUAUUUCUCCAAGCUUUGAAGUAUAGUAUUCCUCACCUUGGGAAAUGCAUGCAGAAACAGCAUUUGAAUCACUGUAACUUCGCUGAUAAUUAUUACAGUAGAAUAAAAUUGAAAAAAUAUCACCUAACCAAGUGUCUACAGAAUAAACCCAAGAUAUCAGAGUUAGCAAGAAACAUCCCAAGUCGGAGCUUCUCAUGUAAGGAUCGUCUGCCUAUUAAACAAGAAAACGAAAAAUCCCUUUCAGAAAACAUGGAUGCAUUUGAAAAAGUGAGAACAAAAUUAGAAACACAACCACAAGAAGAAUAUGAAAUCAUCAAUGCAGAGGUGAAACAUGGUGGUUUUGUUUAUUACCAGGAAGGUUGCUGCUUGGUACGUUCCAAAGAUGAAGAAGCAGACAAUGAUAAUUAUGAAGUUUUAUUCAAUUUGGAGGAACUGAAAUUAGACCAGCCCUUCAUUGAUUGUAUCAGAGUUGCUCCGGAUGAGAAAUAUGUAGCUGCCAAGAUAAGGACAGAGGAUUCUGAAGCAUCCACCUGUGUAGUUGUGAAGCUUAGUGAUCAGCCAGUAAUGGAAGCUUCUUUCCCAAAUGUGUCCAGUUUUGAAUGGGUGAAGGACGAAGAAGAUGAAGAUGUUUUAUUCUACACCUUCCAGAGGAAUCUUCGCUGUCAUGAUGUAUAUCGAGCCACUUUUGGUGAUAACAAACGUAAUGAACGUUUUUACACAGAAAAAGACCCAAGCUAUUUUGUUUUCCUUUAUCUUACAAAAGAUAGUCGUUUCCUUACCAUAAAUAUUAUGAACAAGACCACUUCCGAAGUGUGGUUGAUAGAUGGCCUGAGCCCUUGGGACCCACCAGUACUUAUCCAGAAGCGAAUACAUGGGGUCCUUUACUAUGUUGAACACAGAGAUGAUGAAUUGUACAUUCUCACUAAUGUUGGAGAGCCUACAGAAUUCAAGCUAAUGAGAACAGCAGCUGAUACCCCUGCUAUUAUGAAUUGGGAUUUGUUUUUCACAAUGAAGAGAAAUACAAAAGUUGUAGACUUGGACAUGUUUAAGGAUCACUGUGUUCUAUUCUUGAAACACAGCAAUCUGCUUUAUGUUAAUGUGAUUGGUCUGGCUGAUGAUUCAGUGCGAUCUCUGAAGCUCCCUCCUUGGGCCUGUGGAUUCAUCAUGGAUACAAAUUCUGACCCAAAGAACUGCCCCUUUCAACUCUGCUCUCCAAUAAGACCCCCAAAAUAUUACACAUAUAAGUUUGCAGAAGGCAAACUAUUUGAGGAAACUGGGCAUGAGGACCCAAUUACAAAAACUAGUCGUGUUUUACGUCUAGAAGCCAAAAGCAAGGAUGGAAAAUUAGUGCCAAUGACUAUUUUCCACAAAACGGACUCUGAGGAUUUACAGAAGAAACCUCUCCUGGUACAUGUAUAUGGAGCUUAUGGAAUGGAUUUGAAAAUGAAUUUCAGACCUGAGAGGAGGGUCUUGGUAGAUGAUGGAUGGAUAUUAGCAUAUUGCCAUGUUAGGGGUGGUGGUGAGUUGGGCCUCCAGUGGCAUGCUGACGGCCGACUAACUAAAAAACUCAAUGGCCUUGCUGACUUAGAGGCUUGCAUUAAGACGCUUCAUGGCCAAGGCUUUUCUCAGCCAAGUCUAACAACCCUGACUGCUUUCAGUGCUGGAGGGGUGCUUGUGGGAGCAUUGUGUAAUUCUAGUCCAGAGAUCCUGAGAGCUGUGACUUUGGAGGCACCUUUCUUGGAUGUUCUCAAUACUAUGAUGGACACUACACUCCCUCUGACAUUAGAAGAACUAGAAGAGUGGGGGAAUCCUUCAUCUGAUGAAAAGCACAAGAACUACAUAAAACGUUACUGCCCCUAUCAAAAUAUUAAACCUCAGCAUUAUCCUUCGAUUCACAUCACAGCUUAUGAAAACGAUGAACGUGUACCUCUGAAAGGAAUUGUUAACUAUACUGAGAAACUGAAGGAAGCCGUCAUGGAGCAUACUAAGGACACAGGUGAAGGCUAUCAGGCCCCCAAUAUUAUUUUAGAUAUUCAGCCUGGAGGAAAUCAUGUGAUUGAAGAUUCUCACAAAAAGAUUACAGCCCAGAUUAAAUUCCUAUAUGAGGAACUUGGACUUGACAGCACCAGUGUUUUCGAGGAUCUUAAGAAAUACCUGAAAUUCUGAAAUGUUACAUUCAACGGGGAAUUGGAAACACACUGAAAUAUUUCAUAGUCUUAUUUCCAAAUUGGGUUAUUAGCAAAAGUGAGAUUUUAAGUUACUAGGUGAUUUUUUUAAAGUUGCUUCUCCAUCCAGAUUUUGCGAAGUCUGUAUUACAGUUGCUAUACUGUUCUCUUCCACUGGUGUACAUGCCUGUUAGCAUAGGGAAAGCAGUUUUUAAACCAUGUUCCUUAAAAAGACAUGGAGAAAAGAAUGAGGAAGGGGCUGGGGUUGUGGCUCAGCGGUAGAACACUCAUCUAGCACAUGUGAGGCCCUGGGUUCCAUCCUCAGCACCACAUAAAAAUAAUAAAUAAAUUAAAUAAAGGUAUUGUGUCCAACCACUUCUAAAAAGAAUGAGGAAAAGAGUGGAGGCUGUAGAAUCCCAGGCCUCCCUUCCAAUCAGUACUUUGUUCUUAUCUGUUUUACUAGGAUUUUCUUUGAACAGUUUACAAAUCGAUGUCCUUCCUCUUUGUUAGUGAAUAUUUAUAGACAUUAGGACAUUGAAUCUUUCUUCUAGUUUCUUUGAAUACAUUUUAAUAAAAAAGCUAAACAUUUUUGUCAUUUAAAUGCUUUAGAGCUUUCAAAUAAUCUUAGGAUUGACAGUGUUCUAAUCAUUGCUUAUCAGUGUUAUCUCAAAGUUAAAAGUUUCUACAACAACAAUCUUCUUUUAAACAUUUUAUUAUUAUUUCAAACAUUUGAGAACCUUUCCUAAAAUAGUUACAUUCAAGCUACCGAAAUAUCUUAAGAAUUAGAUGAAGUUUACCCAGCAGCAUGCUAUACAUGAAGUUACAACACAACCAAAUACCAGUGUCCCCAUCUCUUUCAUAGAAGUUCCUAACAUAAGCUGUACAAUAUGUUUAACACACUAGAAUAGCAUGCUCGAUUGGAAACAAAGCAUUUAUCUCUGAAAGCAGUUUGGUGAUGAAAGAGGUUCUUCGUGUUGUGUUCCAGGAUGACUCCAUCUCCCUUCUCCAGAAAAACGCCAUGUGUUUCAACUUCACUGCCUUUGGAGGUAGAAUUGGUACUUAAUUUUAUUCUCAGUCUUGUAGGAAGACCUGAAAUCAUUUCCUGUAGAUUUAGCUGUGUUGAUUCUCCGAAAUUCAGAACCACAAUAAAGACUUUGUCUAUGCCAUCCAGCUCUCUUGUGUACACAACAGAGUGACUGUCAUUCCUCAAAAGGCAAAACCAGCCCCUGCUGAAGAGCAACUCAUUGGAAUGGAGUAGACUUAAUUCUUGAUAUAAUUUCAAGGCUGAACUGGGCUGAGUCUUUUGGACCUAUUUUUUAAAAAGAACACUUACAUAAAUGGUUGAUUACAAGAAUUUUUAAAAAUAUUUUAUUAUCUAAAGGAAUUAUUUCCCCCAAAACUUACUUUAUUUUUCCCUUAAAAUAACUGCCAAAUUAUAAGCAUUAAUAAGUACAUAAGAAUAGUUUAUAUAAAAGCCAAUCAAAGUUACAAAAUUCAGGUUUUGAGCUUAACUGGGAGCUGCUGCUGUGCUCCAUCUUAAAACUGUUGCAGAAACACUUUGACUCCACUCAAGAUUUCCGAACAAAUGUCCAUGUCUAAGUUAAUGAUACUGAACUUGCCUAAAUGAAGUUACUCUAUCUGUAUUAUAACUGCCAAACGCCUGGGAGAGAAAAAAAGCCAUUAAGGCAAUGGAUUUAGAACUUUUGAUGAAUUAGGGCUUACUUAUCCUCUCUUGUGGGAUCACAUAAGUUGCUACUGUGCAGAGAUCAUUGUAACUUCAGCAGAUGUGGUUCUUGCAUAACUAAUGAUAGAACAGAAAAUUACACAUUCACACACACAUAAAUCUGCCUAAACUGAAAGUUAACUAAUGUAAAUUUUUUUUUUAACAGUAAAAGGCAGUAUAAGUCUAUUAAAGAUUUAGGUUUAUGUUACAACUAUAUAAAACAUAUAUAAUUCAAUGUACUUUUCUUGCUUUUUUCCCAUUUAACAUUUUAAGCAUUUUCCUAUCAUUAUAUAACCUCCAUAAUAUCAUUUUAAUAUUUGCAUUUCCAAUAUUUUCUUAUAAUUUCACUCCCCUCUCCCAACUUUUAGGAAUAUUUAUUUAGGAUAGAUUACCAGAAGAUAAUUACUAUGUCAAAGAGUAUGGACAUCCAAUACAUAAUGCCAAAUUAUUCUUCAUAAGAGCUGUUGCCAAAUCAACAAUGUUCAUUUCAUUGUACUGUUGCCAGCCAUGUUUUCUGGGGUGGUGGUGGUUACCGUUGUUAUUGUUGUUUAGGGGUGGGUGCUUAUUAUGUGUCUUAAAUUAAUAUCUCAUGGGUGUUUUGGGGAAAAAAGUGUAUUCUUUGUUUAUCAGGUACAAAAGUAUUUAUGGUACAUGUAUAUGACUUGUCAAAGUUAUUACUAACAUUUUCUGUAGGUGUAGGUAAUGCAUGAAAAGCAUAGUUCAGUGCCGCUCACAUAAGAAGUGCUCAGUGUCAGCUACUAUUUUUAUCUAAUUUGAAAUCUCUUUCUGUAAUUAUGGAUUUGUCAAUUUUCUCUUUGCAUUUCUCAGAGUAUUUGUUUUAUAUAUUUUGAAGCUACUGUUACAUAAAGAUUCAUAAUUUUUAGUGGACUGUUAUUGUUUUUCAAUUUUUGGAAAUUGAUUGCCUUUGUCUCAUAAUGCUUUUCAUAUUGAAUUCUAUUUUGUCUGCUAUUAAAUAUUUCCAAACCUG